AUGGCGGAUUCGAGUGCCGAGCCGGCGGCCGGUAGUAGUUCUCCGGCCUCUGGGGGUUCCGGUGAGAGCGUUAACAAGAUUCAGCCGAUCCGGAUGCCAACCGUCGAGGAGAUCCGAGCCCAAGAGGUUUGGAACAACUGCGCCUUUAAAAGUGUUAUGAGUGGAGCCAUGGGAGGAGGGCUUGGGCUAAUGAUGGGUUUGUUCUUGGGAGCACUGGAUAAUCCUAUAAUGCACGAUACGAUGACUGCUAGGCAGCAGUUUGUGUUCACUGCAAAACAAAUGGGGCAAAGGAGUUGGAGUUCUUGCAAGACAUUUGCGGUUAUGGGUUUGAUUUUCUCAGCAGCUGAAUGCGUUGUCGAGAAGGCAAGAGCGAAGCAUGAUGUAACAAACACAGCUAUUGCUGGUUGUGUGACCGGUGGUGGAUUGGCUGUCCGAGGUGGGCCAAGAGCUACGUGUAUUGGUUGCGCUGCCUUUGGAGCUUUCUCUGUUGCCAUAGAGAAGAUCUUUGAUAGGGAUACAUAA